AAACGGCUACGGGAAGGCAUCCAAUGUUGCCUAUUCUGUAAUCUUCGUAGGCGAGAGCUGUCCACAAAUGUUAACACCGGCUUUAAAUGGCUAUCGUGGGACCGCGAGUGGUGGUUUGUUUUAGAAUACGCGCCUUGGAAACCUAGCCGUGCUCUCCAAUUCAGCAGUACAUAAUACUGCGGGAUGUUCAUGCUUGAGCGGCCCUCAACAACCCGUUCAACCCCUCUCUUCUGGGUUGUACUGGAACACUGCAUAGUCUGUCAUUCUGCGGUAUGUCAAAGCAAUUCGUUUGGUUGAUUACUGGAACUUCGUCAGGACUAGGACGGGACCUUGCUCUAGCUGCUCUGAAGCGUGGAGACAAAGUCAUCGCGACUGGACGAGCUCGUUCCCUUGCCAAACUCUCGGAUUUGAAAGAGCAAGGAGCAGAUGUCCUUGAACUUGAUGCGACAUCUUCUUUGGAAACUCUCCAGCAGAUUGCCAAAGACGCCGUUGCGAUUCAUGGACGUAUUGACGUCCUUGUCAACAAUGCCGGUUACAUAGAAAUAGGAACACUUGAAGAGAAUACCCCGGACGAGACCUUUGAUCAAUUCAAUACGAACGUGUUUGGUCCUCUCAACAUUAACCGAGCCUUUCUUCCAUAUAUGCGCGAACGCAAAUCGGGGACUAUCGUCUGGCUCGGCUCCGUUGGCGGCUGGAGAGGUUCGGCUACCAUAGGUCUCUAUGUAGCGACAAAGCAUGCAGUUCGUGGUCUUUCGGAGAGUUUGCAUGAAGAAAUCUCUCCACUCGGACUCCGUAGUAUCUGCUUCGAACCAGGCUACUUCCGAACCAGGCUCCUCACAACAGACAAUAGAGGCCCUGACAAGACUCGUAUUCCAGAUUACAGGGACCUGAUGGAAUCUUCACUCGCUCGCCUCAAUGCAUACAAUGGAAAACAGCCUGGGGAUCCUAAGAAAGGUGUUGAGGUUAUGAUCGAUAUUAUCAAAGGUGAGGGCGUCGCAGCUGGGAGGGAGUUCCCCACUGUGGUAGCCAUUGGAAGUGAUUCUUACGAUGUAGUGAAGAGCGUCUGCAACACCACGUUGCAGAGACUCGAGGAUUGGAAGGAUGUCACUGUCAGUACCGACUAUCCAAAAGGCACUUGAUGCCGACGGAAAGACAUAGUCAAACGCCAUAGGAGCAUGGAAUACACAUCAGGCCAUGAACUGUAUCAAAAGCACUCUGCAUGUACUUCUAUACUUCGAUGUGUAUUAUCUUUGUUCCAUGAACCUUGCAACAAAAGUAGCCUUAC